UUUGUAGUUCCAGGAGAGAUGUGACCUAUGCUGUCUUAGGUUUGCUUGGGUGAAUUAUGAAGUUCUGGUACCAGUAAUCACUGAUCUCUGGUUCAAUCACAAUUGAGAGAAAGUGUGGCUAGUUCUACCAUACUUUUCUUGGGAUGAAAUCUGAGUCCCAGAAGCAAGAAGGAGAGAGCAUCUCACAACCAAAAGAUGCUGACAAUAUUUUGGAAGAUUGGAAGUUGCCACUGGUUUUCUCUGAGGUGAGGCACCUUGAGAAGAUAGAAGGAGUGCCUCCUGUCCUGCACACAUGGAGAAUGAGAGAAAGGAUGAAAACUGUGAGUGUUGCACUUGUGCUAUGCCUAAAUGUUGGAGUUGAUCCUCCAGAUGUUGUCAAGACUCAGCCUUGUUCUCGAAUGGAAUGUUGGAUUGAUCCCCUUUCCAUGACCCCAAUGGUAGCCCUUGAGACCAUUGGUGCAAGACUGCAGAAGCAAUAUGAAAGAUGGCAGUCACGAGCUCGAUACAAGCAGAGUCUAGAUCCUACAGUGGAAGUAGUAAAGAAGCUGUGUAUGUCUCUGAGAAGAAAUGCCAAGGAGGAACGUGUUCUCUUCCAUUACAAUGGCCAUGGUGUCCCAAGGCCUACCCCCAAUGGUGAAAUUUGGGUCUUUAAUAAAGUGAGCUUCAGCAUCCUUACCAUAAGUUAUACUCAGUACAUCCCUCUUGGCAUUUAUGAACUUCAGGCCUGGAUGGGAUCUCCAUCAAUUUAUGUAUAUGACUGCUCUAAUGCAGGCAUCAUUGUGGAUAAGUUCUGUGAACUUGCUGAGCAGCAUGAGAAGGAGCUUGAAACCCUUCAGAAGAGUCAUAUUGGUGGGGGACAACUUGGAAGUAAUUCAAAUAAUGUCUCAUUUAAGAAUUGCAUUCUCUUGGCUGCCUGCUCCACAACUCAAACGCUUCCCAUGAACCCUGACCUACCAGCAGAUCUCUUCACAUCUUGUCUUACCACACCAAUCAAAAUGGCCCUCCGAUGGUUUGUUUUGCAGAAUGCUUCCAGGCUUGUCCCCAAUAUCACUUUGGAGAUGAUUGAUAAGUGA